CAUAGGGUUCAAAAAAUGGUGCAUGGAUAGAUCUACAUGAUAAUUUUUAUGAGUAUUUACAGAUAGCAUUUUUAUCUAUAGUGAAUGUUAAGUUACCUUUUAUGGUAAUUAUAAUAAUGGAGUUAAAUAAGGAUCUUGGGUAACUAAACAUAAGGGAUACUAUGGAAAAGAGUAUCAUAAGAUGUAUAUUUUUAUUUAAUAUUAGAGGAGGUGGAUUAUAUAAUGAAAAAGGUAUGAAAAUAGGAAUUUGGAAGGAAAUUAAUGAAAUUUUCAAUGAGUAUUAAAAGAUAGAAUCUUAGCAACUCUUAAGUAACAUAUAUUGGUGUAUAUAACAAUGGUAAGAAAUAGUAAAGGUGGAUAACAAGCUUUUAUGAUUGUGAAGUGUAUUUAACUAAGUAAAUUUAUUUAGUGGAGAAGGUUAUUAUGAUAGCAAUGGAUAAAAAAUUAAUAAGUGGAUUGAAUUACAUGAAAAUUUUGGAGGGUAUAAUUGAAUUUAAUUGAAAGAGGUUGUGAAGUAAUAUAUAAGGGAUUUUACAAAUUUGGAAAUAAAUAUGGUAUUUGGGAAAUAUUGCAUAGAUAAGAUGUA